AUAAAUUGGAAAAAUUCUGGUGCAAAAAAUGUGAAAUUAUAUUCACUAUAUUUCCACAUUAUGUCCUAUGGUUGAGAUUAUUUAAAUAACAUAGCACCCCUAUGCUUUGGGACGAUUAUUUCCAUCUCACGAUCAUUUUUGGCUCUAACGAGUCGAAGCUUUUGAGGAAAAACUGCCGUAUGAGCGGCCGAGACUCGCGACAUGCCUGUGUUGCCCCUGAGAUACGCCAGACGCUUCACGAGCUGCUGGUGGGUGCUGCUGCCCCACCAGUGCUCCUAUGAUGCAGAGUCUCACGCCUGUCCCCUCAAAACAACUGCCAGGGCCUGUAGUUCUUUUAAGGCUUCGCUGUACGACGUUCUUCGGAUCUCGCCUAAUGCCACGCAAGCGCAAAUCAAACAUGCGUAUUACAAGCAGUCCAUGAAACAUCAUCCCGACCUGCACUCAGGCAGCGUCGAGGCCGCUGAAAAGUUCCGCUCCAUAUCGGAGGCGUACGAGGUCCUUGGGGACGAGACCAAACGUAAAAGCUAUGACCUCAAAUUUCAUGGAAUUGGACCAGAACCUACCGUUGCGUCUGGGAAGGCACCUAAUCCACUGUACAGAAUGAAGCGUCGGCGCGGCAAUACGCAUUUCAAUUUCGAUGCGUGGGAGCAAGCGCACUACGGCGAUGCCACGGACGCAGGCGCCAGCCACUGGUGGCGCACACAGACGCCUGAAGAGGUGCGACGCGCCCAGCAGCGCUACUGGCAGGACGCCGAGAGAGACUUCCACGCCCAGCAGGAAUACGAGCGGCAGGAGACGCGAAAUAUGAAAGAACAUCACGAGUUCAUUGCGAGGGUAAACCGCAUUCUCUCGUUUGCUUUCUUGUUCUUGUUCGUUUCUGCGAUGUUGUCUAACAUUAUUUCUAUUGAAAUGGACUCUAGAAAAAUGUCGCGAAUUAGCAGUAGAAGAGAUAUCGAUAAAAAGUAAAACGUAUCGUGUUUAUUUUCUCUGAAAAAUUAUUUUGCUGCUUAAUUGUUGUGUACAGUGAUAUAAAUUUAGAUAAAAUACGAAAUGUAUACUUAAGAUCCAACUAAGCUGAUGAUUACACAUGUAAACUAUUAAAAUAUUUAUGGUAUUCAUACGGACUUGGUGAAAUAUUCUAUUCCCUUCGGCUUCUGGGGUUCAAAUGUAAUUCUCCUCAUUCAUUUUGACUGGUACAUACUUUUAUGUUGAUGUAUUUUCUUAAUAUGAUCAUCUACAUUUACCGCCCGUUACCGUUGAAGUUGUUCCGCUACUUAUUCAACUGCUCCUUAUCGCAGUACAGUAAGUUUAUUGUUAUUGAAACUUAUGUAGGGCCCAUGGGAUCCAAAACUAUAAGCCAUGUGUUCAGCUGUACAAUGUACAUGCUACUUGUGUUCGUUGUCGUGGUAUCGUUGAGAUGUUUCA